AUGGCGUUUCGCAGCACCCCAGAAGAAAUGGACAGCCUUCAGCUCUCCGACAACGAGUCAGAUGACCUUUGGAAUUCGCCGUCCCAACGCACGCGCCGGGAAAUCUUCCCGAAACCCGCGAACGAAACCAGCACUACUCCCCCAGCCCGGUCUUCUCACGAUGGAGAGACGCUGUUUGGCCGGGAAGAGGCACGGGAGGCUGCAUUGCGAAAUGAGCUACAAAGUGUCCGAAACAUCAACCAAGUGAUUGAGGGCCUGCUUGGCAGCCUUGAUCGUGCCAAGGGAAACAUGGAUACUGUUUCUCGUACCGUUGACUCCGCAUCCACCCUACUGAACACUUGGACUCGCAUCCUGGCGCAAACCGAGCACAACCAGCGUUUGAUCCUCAACCCAAACUGGCAAGGCGCUGUCCAGGAUGUCGCCGACAUGGAAAAUGAGGAAAUUAUCCGGCAGCAAGCAGCCGAGCGACGUGAACGAGAACUGCAACAGCAGCGAGAGGCCGCUACCCGUCGGGCGGAGGAGGAAAGGAAAAGAGCGCAGUCGACGACCACUAGAGGGGCGCGAGGAACAACUCGGGGAAGGGUACGGACAGGGGGCUUGGGGAGAACACCUAGCGUUUCUUACUCUGGCACCAGCUCCAGUAAUGUGUCGAGAACUACGUCAUCCGCUGCGAAGGGAUCCAGCACGACAUCUACGCGGAGACCAGCCAGUGGGAUUGCCAGAGGACCGGGAGUGGCGCGCGGUCGCGGUCGAGCCUAG